AUGUACACCUAUAGUUUCGGUUCAGAGCACCUGGCACUUGCAUGUAGUGCUGCAAGUUGGGUCGUGCCGUGCUGGCCCGGCACGAGCCUGUCGUGCUUCGGGUCUCAGUUAGUCGGGCCUAGCCAGCACGAAAUAGAGUCGGGUCGUGCCUUACCGGGCCUGGCGAAUAGAAGUAAGGCCCAGCACGGCCCUAAAGCACGACGGGCUUCCGUCGGGUCGUGCUGGCCCAAGCACGGCACGCCUCAGUUCCUGAUAAGCGCGCAUCUCGGCCUCUCUGUCGCCGUCGCGCUGGAUCCGAGCGUUCUGCGGUUGUGGGCUCGUUCGCUCGUGGCGCAGCCCCAGGCGGACGCCAACACGACGCGGUACCUGGGCGUGCGGCGCUGGCCGUGGGGCCGGUACGCGGCGGAGAUCCGGGAGCCGGCCACCAAGGAGCGGCACUGGCUGGGAACCUUCGACACAGCCGAGGAGGGCGCCGUGGCCUACGACCGCGCCGCGCGCUCCCUCCGCGGCUCCCACGCGCGCACCAACUUCGCCUACCCGGACCUCCCGUCGGGCUCCUCCGUCACGCCCUACCUCUCCCCGGACCACACCUCGGGCGACAACGCCACGCAGCUCCUCCAGCCAUUCUACGCCGCCGACCCAGCCGCCGCGUCUUUACCACCGGCGCUCCCGGCCGCGAACGACGCGGCAGGCUACGGCUAUAGUGUCGAGGACAUGUCCGCUCUCAUGGACGACCUCACCAUACCCGACGACCUGACCGUCGACUACGGCGCAGAAGACACCGGCGGGCUGGAGGCUGGAUCUGGAGCGGCGACGGACCACGGACGAGGGAGGCGAGCGAGAGAAAUAAGAGGUCGGGACUCGGGAGAGGAGGGAGAGGAAGUAAAUCACGUAACCCUAACGCCGCGCCUCGUAUAAGCCGGUCGGGAUGUAUUUCGUGUCGGGCCGACCCGAACACGGCCCAAGCUCCCGUGCCGGGUCAUGUGGGCCGUCGUGCCGAAAGCAAAAGCACGACCCAGCACGAUGAACGUGUCGUGCUGGCCCAGCUAUUUUCCUCCUGUGCUGGUCUGGGCUUCGUGCUUUUAAAAACGUGUCGGGCUCGUGCUGGCCCAGUGGGCACGGCCCAGACUUACAGGACUAGUUAGCAUACAGAACUUCACCCAAAAAAAAGAUGUCAUCACCCAGCAAGAACCAUAUCCAAGAUUUUUCUUCACUAGCAAAAUAUUCAUAUUCCUUAGUAGAAACAAACUGUCAGAUGCGAUA